CCAGUUGGUAAUUUUUUGACACGCCUAGGCGAUACUCUUCAGUAAUUUUAUUGAAAAUCGUGUGAUUUUGUGUGUUAUUUGAUUCAAACUAAGUGAAAUAUUGUGUAUUAUAACUUGCUUUAUCGUUUUGUUACUGUGUUGUGUGAUUAAAACAAGGAAAUCGUUGCUAACAAUCAGCAACAAUGGCGACCAUGACAGACCAGUAUGGUACCACCGGUACCCUCACGCUGAAGUGGGACCCUCGCAACCUCGAGAUACGUACCAUGUCUGUGGAACGGACGUUGGAGCCUCUAGUGCUUCAAGUCACUACGCUGGUGAACAGCAAGGAUAGGGAUGCUAAGAAGAAACGACCCGGCAAAUCCAAGCGAGCAAGCGCCCUAGUAGCCACCGUAGAGCGAGCGACGGAAAUCUUCAUAGAACGAGGACAGACCAUCGCCUACGAGAACCCUGAGAUCACGCAGCAGAUGCUGACAGCCGUCGAGGAGGUCCGCAAGGCUGGAGCGGCAAUGUCGCUAGCUGCCCGAGAGUUCUCCGAAGAGCCUUGUGCUUCCUCCGUGCGAGGAGGCAUGGUGAGAGCAGCCCGAGCUCUGCUCUGCGCCGUCACUCGUCUGCUCAUACUGGCAGACUGCGUCGAUGUCCAUCUGCUGCUCAACAAGCUUAACACUGUUGAAAACGAUUUAGACAAGCUAAAGUCAGCUUCAUCUCAAUCAGAGCUGUUAGAGUCUGCGCGUCAGUUCGGACGCUCGGCCGCCGAGCUAACCGCUCAGGCUGCUAAACGACAGAGGGAGCUUAAAGAGCCAAGAAUGAAGGAUGAGCUUGCAGCUGCCAGAGCAGUUCUGAAGAAACAUUCCACCAUGUUGCUUACUGCCUCCAAGGUAUACGUCCGUCAUCCAGAGCUGGCAGCCGCCAAAGCGAACCGCGACUAUGUACUCCGAGCUGUGUGCAGCGCCGUCGACUCCAUCUCCGCUGUAGCGCAGGGACAGCCCGCCCCGCAAGGUGGAAAUCGUCCAGUAGAAGGACCAGGUGAACUGGCUCAAGCGCUCGAUGAUUUCGAUGAGCGUAUGGUGAUGGAGCCUCUAGCAUACUCAGAGCUCCGCACUCGACCCUCGCUCGAAGAACGUCUGGAGUCCAUCAUCUCUGGCGCUGCCCUCAUGGCUGAUAGCUCUUGUACCAGAGACGAGCGUCGUGAACGUAUAGUGGCUGAGUGUAACGCGGUGCGACAGGCGUUACAAGAUCUCUUGCACGAGUAUAUGGCUAAUUCUAAUUCACAGACCGGGAAACCCGAACAGUCAGCUGGGUUGGAGCGAGCCAUUGAGAAUAUGUGCCGCAAGACCAGAGACUUGAGGAGACAGCUGAGAAAAGCCGUUGUGGACCACGUUUCUGACAGUUUCCUGGAAACCAACGUCCCCCUCCUGGUUCUGAUGGAGGCGGCCCGCAACGGCAACGAGAAGGAAGUCGAGGAGUAUGCUGUCGUCUUCACCGAACACGCCAACAAACUCGUCGAGGUUGCAAAUCUGGUUUGCUCGAUGUCAAACAACGAGGACGGCGUGAAGAUGGUCCGCCAUGCCGCCGAACAUAUUGAAGCGCUGUGCCCACAAGUAAUAAACGCGGCCCUAGUAUUAGCGGCCCGCGCUCGGUCCCGCGUGGCGCAGGAGAACGCCGCCGCCUUCGCCCGCGCCUGGGAGAACGCCGUCAAGCUGCUCACCGACGCCGUCGACGAUAUCACCACUAUUGAUGACUUCCUUGCUGUUAGCGAGAACCACAUCCUUGAAGACGUGAACAAGUGCGUGGUGGCGCUACAGGAAGGCGACCCCGACUCCCUGGAGCGGACCGCCGGCGCCAUACGCGGGAGAGCUAACAGGGUGUGCUCGGUAGUGACUCAGGAGAUGGACAACUAUGAGCCGUGCAUUUACACCAAGAGGGUAUUAGAAGCUGUCACCGUGCUGAGGGAUCAAGUAAUGUCUAAAUUCGGCGUGCGCGUCGACGCGGCGGUGUCGGCGCUCGGUGGCGGCGCAGGCGCAGCGCUAGACGAGAACGACUUCAUUGACGCGAGCAGACUUGUCUAUGAUGCUGUUAGGGAGAUCAGACGCGCUGUUCUCAUGAAUAGGACCAGCGAGGAUCUAGACACGGACACCGAGUUCGAACCAGUUGAGGACAUGACCAUGGAGACUAGGAGUCGAUCGAGCGCGCACACUGGUGAACAUGGUGUCGACGAGUACCCUGACAUCAGCGGUAUUACUAAUGCUAGAGAAGCCAUGCGCAAAAUGACGGAAGAAGACAAACGCAAGAUCCUUCAACAAGUGGAGCUCUUCCGUCGCGAGAAGAUGACCUUCGACAACGAGGUGGCCAAGUGGGACGACGCCGGCAACGACAUCAUCAUGCUGGCCAAGCACAUGUGCAUGAUCAUGCUGGAGAUGACUGACUUUACUAGGGGUCGUGGCCCGCUCAAAACGACGAUGGAUGUGAUCAACGCAGCCAAGAAAAUCUCCGAAGCCGGCACCAAGCUUGACAAACUCACCAGGGAGAUUGCUGAACAGUGCCCCGAAUCAUCAACGAAGCAAGACCUUCUAGCGUAUUUGCAGCGCAUAGCGUUAUACUGCCACCAGAUACAGAUCACCAGCAAGGUGAAGGCCGACGUGCAAAACAUAUCCGGCGAGCUCAUCGUCAGCGGGAACAACACUGAAAUGCAGGCCCAAACUAACACCGGGGUCAUUGUAACAGGGCUGGACAGUGCCACCUCUCUCAUCCAGGCGGCUAAGAACCUGAUGAAUGCUGUUGUUCUAACUGUGAAGGCGUCAUACGUGGCUUCUACUAAGUACACCAGACAGGGAACCAUUGCUUCGCCGAUCGUGGUAUGGCGCAUGAAAGCCCCAGAGAAGAAACCUCUCAUCCGACCGGAGAAGCCGGAAGAAGUUCGGGCCAAAGUCCGCCGCGGCUCCCAGAAGAAGCAACCUUCGCCCGUGCAUGCGCUCGCCGAGUUCCAGAGCCCUGCCGACAGUGUGUAGUGAGGCUGUUCAAAAUCCACAUUAAUUUAUUGAUAACAUAACGUAUAAAAACGUACACGCAUUGUAUGAAAUCAUAAUUAUUAAGUUUAUAGCGAAGAGGUUACCUCUGUAUUUAUUUAGAAGAACCAUUCACUACUUUUAUGAAAUAUUGUAUUGAAAAAUACACAAAAAUAACCAAUUUGAUAGAAUUUUUAUCUUAGGAAAGCGGAUGAGUCAUGCUAGUGUGUGUAUGAACAUGCACACUUACACAACAUGUACCACAGCGAACAAAAUGACUAGCGGAGAUGUCAUAACGCAAAAUCUACUAAGAAAGUACCGACAACAUGCGGGGCGAGGGGGACGAGGAACGUUACUCGCUCGGCCAUUAUUUUCAAAAUAAAAUCACCAAACAACCAAGACCAGUCUUUAACAGAUUGGUUUUGAUUUGUCAGGAAACCCGAACGGCUCGUUAGUUGUUGUAACUGAUAGUUUUGGUCCUGCCGUCCGUUGUUUGGCCUACAUAUAACAAUGGCGUCCGUGGCCGAUUUCGGCUACGGCGGCUGUUCUCAUUUAAGGAGAUCAGCCAGCGGCGCAGGACAUAUUAUAGUGCACGAGCAUUUGCGCAGACACAGGUGCACUCCCUAUUCCUUCACUCUCAUAACCCGAUAG